CCGCUGCCACAGACAGCCCCAAGACCCAGCCAGCGUCGCGGAGGCGUCCGGUGACACACGCUGCCUCAAUGCACCUGUUGAUCUGUUUCUGUUGCACUAGCAGCUGCUUACUCAGAUAAUCCACGGCUGGAGACUCGACUCAUAGCCCUGCGUCAGACCAACAGUGUCCCGCCAACAGGAGUCUACGGAAUGAAAACCGAAGACCGGAACAACAACGCCCCCUGUAUUCGUAUCGCCGUCCUCGGAGAUGUCGGUGUGGGCAAGUCCGCUUUGACGGUGCGAUUUUUGACGAGGCGGUUCAUCGGCGAGUAUCGUUCGGAUACUGAUCUCCUCUACCGUCAGAGCAUCGUGAUUAACAACAUCCUGUUUGAUGUGGAAGUAGUGGACAUUACGGGAGAAACGAGGGACAGACGCCUGCCUGUGGAGCAGGUGGAGUGGUCGGACGCGUGCGUGCUCGUCUACUCCAUCACGGACCGGCGGUCCUUCAACUACAGCCAGCAGGUGCUGCAGCAGCUGACUCAGGCUGCCAGGCCCACAGCCCUGCUCGCCAACAAGGCCGACCUUGAGCACCUCAGGCAGAGUGAACCUGUUGCUAAAGCUUCAACCGCCCUGUUCCUCUAG